AGAGCAACGAAAAUGGCGGAAUGUUUACGAGUUGGUGGUGUUGCAGAAUUUAAUCGUGGGUAAUCGCAGCCGAUGAAGAGUGUAUCGACAAUAAUUGGGGACCUGUGAAUAUAAUAGGUAUCUGGAAUGCUUAAGAUAUAUAAUAAUAUGGCUAUAAUAAGACUGAUAAUGAAGAUAAUACUGGACGCGGUGAUUGGUUGACAUUUUGAUCAUCGCGUAUACCUACAAUAAUUUAAUCUCGCCUCGUAUUAACAUAUGGCAUCAACUCACCAGGAAGCACAAGACGUGACCUGACCACGAUGAGACGUGUCAUCAGGUGUGACGACACCUCAGAGUCGAUCAGACGUAUAUAAAGUCGCCUCUAUUGGAGCGCCACACAGUUUAAGCUCCUCCACUAUGAAGGUUCUGAUCGCUGUUGCUGCCCUCCUGGCUAUCUGCUUGGUUGUUGACAGUGCUGAGCAUGAUCUGUUUGCUGAGACUAGUUUACCUUCACACCACCACGGGAUCUUCCGAGGAGACCACCACCACCCCAGUAAGAGGGGCGCUGAGGCUCGAGUUGUCACCAAUCCCGAGUAUUACAGUGGAGGCUAUGAUGGCCUCCCAAAAUAUCGUUAUUAUGGAAUCCAUUAUCCAGGUUUCCGAGGUAAGAGGAGCGCUGAGUCCGAUCCUGGCCAUCACCGCUGUGGUGACUUCCCAAGUCAUUUUGGCUUCCAUGGUAAAAGAAGCGCAGAAGCCAACCCUGGACCUGCAGCAGAACCCCUGGCUGACCCUGAAGCCAAUCCCUCUCAUUUCUACGGCAGUCGUGGGCUCUACCGUCACUCAGGAGUGAAACAUGGCGUCUACACACACUACGGAAACUUCAACUGAAAACUCUACCUAUUUGUGCUGGCAUAAAUGUGGGCCCAGCCCCGCCUCUUCGUGGGUUCACACACUCCUGGCUUCGUGAGCCCUAUCAUACCUUUUCUUAAAGCUAUGUAUAGAUCCUGCCUCAAACGCCCUGGCUGUCCAGGUUUUUUCAUCUCACAGAAUUCUCUGAGGCUGAAGAAAUAUUUCCUACAUCACUGUAUCUUUUUUUUUAUUUCCAACUGUACCCCCCGUGUACCUGAUUCCCGCCUCUCGAGCAGCCUAUCACUGUCUACCCCAUAAAUCUCUCAGUAUUUUGUACGUCGUUAUCACGUCUCCCUGAGGCUGGGAAGGUCGUGUGUACACUAAGAGGUGUAUGUCUCUGUACAUACGACAAGAAUUUUCCGUGGUCUUUAUUUCCAGAAUUAAAGUAUAUUUUGUACAUAUACAAUUUGCCCAAAGACCUCCAUUAAUAACCUCUAGUCUUCAAAGCACCUACUCGUAAAGCAGAAAGAAGAGAAAGAAGUUGAAUGCCGUCUUCAUGGAUUCUGACUUCUUUGUUAAUCUCCCUCCAAUACGUUAAU